AUGGCUGACUUCACUGAAUAUGGCGUGCCGAGCGCAGAAUGGCUCGCACUCGAGCGGACUUUGCCUCAAAUGCCCGACCUCCCACCGAAGGAAUUAAAGGCCUUUGUGAACAAGGGGCGUGAGGAUCUGGCAGCUCAGGCCAUGAUUGACCAGGGCCUGAGCUCCAGCGUCCAGAUCCACGAUCACACGGUACCUACUCGUGACGGAGCAACUCUAGAAGCACGCACCUACCGUCCCACGGGCAUUCCGCUCUCACAGCCACUUCCACUCUAUAUCCACCUCCACGGAGGAGGCUAUUUCUACGGAACCCUGGCCUCCGAAGAUGCGAUCUGCUCGCGAAUCGUAGCCUCGCGACAAGAAAAAGGCACACCCGUCGCCGUGUUUAAUGUAAACUAUCGGCAUAGCCCCGAAUACCAAUACCCGACAGCUUGGGAUGAUGUGGAAGACGCUUUCGUCUGGGUUCAUGAGCAUAUCACCGAGCUGGGUGGUCUUGGUGACCAGGUUGUUGUGGGCGGUAUAUCCGCCGGUGGUCAACUGACUGCAUCCCUUGCGCUUGCUCAACUUCGUGGUGAUAAUAAGCGAGUGGCAGCUUGCCCGAAGAUCAGAGGCCAGGUCCUCAUGAUUCCGUGCGUGGUACUUACGGCGUACUAUGGAGCACGAAAAGAGAUGCUUCGCAGUCCUGAAUUAUCGAGUCUUGUGCAGUGUGCUGAUGCGCCUAUUCUACCCAUGAGCAGGCUUGACUUCUUCAUGAAAAUGUUGGGACUGCCACGUCCGGAGGACGCAAGUGGUGAUCUUCGGAUGAAUCCUGGUAAUGCGACUGCGGAGGAAGUUAAGAAUCUGCCUCCCACGACUUUUGGAAUUGCUGGGAGAGAUCCUUUACGAGAUGAGGGACUUUUUUAUGCCAAAUUGCUCAACGAUAACGGGGUCCCUACCGAUGUCACUGUUUACCGCGGUGUUCCUCAUGGAUUCCGGCGGUACGGAAAUGCCCUGGAACGGGCGAGCAAGAAGUGGGAUGAAGUCAUGAGUGACGGAAUUUCCUGGGCUUUGGGUAAUCCCGCGGCUGGACCUUGGGAGGUUAAAACCGACUAA